AUGUCCGCCCCGGGCCCCGAAUCAAUCCCAACAUCCGCAGACCCUCGCUCCCACCGUCCCACCAAGAAGCGCGCCCUAACACCCACAUCCUCCCAAGCCGCCUCCCUAACCGCGCUCUUCGCCAAACCCGACCAAAACAUCCCGCUGGCCUCGUCGUCGGGCCCGAGACACCACCACAUCCCCGAGAUAUACACCAACGUGCAGGGGUCCUCUGCGGGCGCCGGCUCCGGCGAGUUCCACGUGUACAAGGCGUCCCGGCGGCGCGAGUACGAGCGCCUCAAGGAGAUGGACGAUUCGUUGAGGCGCGAGAAGGAGCAGGAUGAGUUUGAGAAGGGGCGCGUGGAGAGGGCGCGCAGGGACGAGGAGAAGACGAGGAGGAAUAGGGAGAGGAGGGAGAAGAUGAAGGCGAGGAAGGCGAAGAAGGGGAAGGGUACGGGGGUUGCUGAGCGGACGGAUGGGGAGGCUGGUAGGGAGGGGAGGGGGGAGGAGAAGGGUUGUGAGGAGAAGGCUGAGGAGGGGCAUGCUGGGCUUAUAAUUCAUGAUGAUGAUUGA